AUGGCUUUGGUCAUGGAACCUGUAAGCAAGUGGACAACUAUUCAAGUGGUAGACUGGAUGAAAGGUUUGGAUGACUGUCUGCAACAGUACAUUAAGACAUUUGAGCAGGAGCAGGUAAGCGGAGAACAGCUGCUCAGGAUCACCCACCAGGAGCUGGAAGACCUGGGAGUGUCCCGCAUUGGCCACCAAGAGCUCAUACUGGAAGCUGUGGAUUUGCUCUGUGCACUAAACUAUGGUCUGGAGACUGAGAACUUGAAGACUCUUUCUCACAAGCUAAAUGCAUCAGCCAAGAACCUGCAGAACUUCAUAACAGGCCGUCGGCGAGGAGGGCACUAUGACGGUAGAGCCACGCGCAAGCUGCCCAAUGAUUUCCUUACAUCUGUGGUGGACCUCAUCGCUGCUGCCAAGAGCCUGCUUGCCUGGCUUGAUAGGUCUCCAUUUGCAGCGGUGGCUGACUACGCCAUGACCAGAAAUAACAUCAUACAGUUAUGUCUGGAACUAACAACUAUAGUGCAACAGGAUUGCACUGUAUUUGAGACAGAGAACAAAAUUCUACAUGUGUGUAAGACUUUGUCAGAGGUGUGUGACCACAUUAUUUCCCUGUCCUCUGACCCCAUGGUUUCACAGGCUGCCCAUUUGGAGGUAGUUCAACUGGACAAUGUUAAGUCCACAGAAGGACUGGGCAUGUACAUUAAGUCAACCUAUGACGGGCUACAUGUAAUCACUGGCACCACAGAGGGGUCUUUGGCAGACCGCUGUAAGAAAAUCCAUGCUGGAGAUGAGGUUAUUCAGGUCAAUCAUCAGACAGUUGUGGGCUGGCAAUUGAAGAACUUGGUGAACUCCUUGCGUGGAAACCCCAACUGUGUCUCUCUCACACUGAAGAAAAGACCCCAGAGUAUGCUCACUUCAGCCCCUGCUCUACUGAAGAACAUGAGGUGGAAACCUUUAGCACUUCAGCCGAUCAUCCCCCCGAGCCCCAGCAGCAGUGCGGCCACCCCAUCCAGUACCCUCAGCACCCCAUCCAGGAGAGGCAGCUGUGCCCUGCAGGACCUUUACAUACCACCCCCACCAGAGGAACCGUACACCCCCAGAGAUGAGCGGGGAAUCUUGUCUGGCGACAUUCUUUCUCAGCACGGCACAUCCAGCGCUAAGGGCUCAGAGUCUCCUAACUCUUUCCUGGAUCAGGAGUGUCGACGACAGUUCCUCCCUCUCGGGGAGGACGCGGUUCUCUAUAGCUAUGACUUUGAGCAGGACCAGGGCCAAGCGCCCAUACGGAGGGACAGUAUCCCCACUUACGGCCGACUGAGGCCCGUUUCUAUGCCCGUGGACUGUAACUGGGUGGGAGACUUUGAAGACCCAGCCAAGCUGAAGAAACAGAUCCGGAGAGAGAAUUCCCGAUUGCGGCACGUGGGCGAGGAGAAAGCGAGGCCCGAGGGAUACCUGACAGGACGAAGCAUGAGUAGGCGGAUCCGUAGGAAGAGCGAGAGGGUCGGUGGUCCAACCGAAUAUGCCUUAGCGCCCUCCCUGCAGAUGGAGAUGCUACGACGAGCUUCUAUAGCCGCACCCACAUCAGACACUGCAUCCUUCUAUCGUACAUUUGACCAAUCCUCACUGCUUUCAAAAUCUGAGAGAAAUUUGAGAGCUGGCUCCCUGUCCUCCAUCAGUAAGCGUAGGAUCCCCUGUAAAGACUUAGGUCAGGGCGACUGUGAGGGCUGGCUAUGGAAGAAAAAGGAUGCAAAGAGCUACUUUUCUCAGAAGUGGAAGAAGUACUGGUUUGUGUUGAAGAACGCCUGCCUUUACUGGUAUAAGAAUGAAGAGGAUAUAAAGGCUGAGGGUUAUGUUAGCCUUCCUGAAUUCAAAAUUGAUCAAGCCAGUGAGUGCCGCAGGAAGUUUGCUUUCAAGGCGUGCCAUCCCAAGAUCAAAAAUUUCUACUUUGCUGCAGAUAAUGUGGAUGACAUGAACAGGUGGCUUAAUAGACUGAACAUGGCAGCGCUGGCGGUGGUGGCUCAUGCAGAUCAGGAGCGAAUCCGGCAGGAUCACGAUUAUUGGAGUGAGAGUGACCAAGACGAUUUUGAUCUCAUGUCUUCACUGCCUUCAAUAACAAAACAGGACAGUCCUCCACCGCCUUAUGACAACUACCCUCGCUCUGCCUCAAUAAGCCCUUAUUUAGACCCCAGACACAAUGGUCAGUCUUCCUCAGAGCCUUCCCAGCCCCACUUCCCGAGCGAGGACUUCCUCUCCCUGCCACAGGAGGGCAAUGUGAGCAGCGGCAGCUCCCUGACCCGCAAAUCGGUCAGCCAGCGCGGUUCGUGGCAGGACCUGAUCGAGGCGCCCCUGUCCAGCUCUGGAUUACAUUAUCUGCAGACUAUACCACUGGAGGAUUCUGUGUUCUAUGAUCCCCCGGUGAUGCCUUCAACAGAACUUCAGCGUCAGUCCACGCUGAAUUCCCAACGUAAUCUUCUGCUGGAACACUAUGGAGGUCCCCUGCCACCUCCACCAGUCUCACCCAUCCAACCCUCCACUGACGGAGUAAGAGGUGGUGGAGGAGCUGGAGGUGAAGGGAAACAUCGAAGCUUCACCUUGCCUCGUGACAGUGGUCUUCACAGUAUCCUGGCAACUGCUGGCUGCGUGAGUGACGAACGGGACGCACAGCAUCAGCAACCACGUCAAACACACACAAGAGAUACGGGGCUGCAGAGGGAGCACCGGCAGCAGGCAGAUUCGUUGGGGGAUUUGUACAGAGCUUUAGAGAGAGCCAGUCUGUCUCCAAUAAACGAGCACAGGAUCCCCUCCACGCGUCUAGAGUAUAAACGCUCUUUCGUCCGUCGCUGCAACGAUCCAUUACUCAUGGAGAAACUGCAACGUCUGCGUCUUCUCCAGAACACAUUCAAGGAUGUUCCACUGAAGGAGGCAGAGUCAAAGAUCAUCCACCGUGAUGUUUAG